AAUGGCCAGAGACCGCUAGGCAAUACGUUAUAAGAUCAGCAGCAGCUGUUCAGGUAGCACUCGAGCCAAAGCGCAUUUUGUGUCUUUUGAAUUACCUUCUGGGUGGUCCAUUGCGAAUACCACUACGAGUCCCCAAUAUCCCGAUAUCUGUUUAUCUUCUUGGACCCCCAUUGGGAGAGAAGGUGACGUUGACCGGUUCCGCUGCGGAGAGCAACGACAGUUACCCUCGGACGAUACACUUCAUUAUGUCCCAAUCGCUGCGACCAUAUCUCCAAUGUGUUAGAUCGUCUUUGACCGCCGCCCUCGCGGUCUCGAACUUCGCUUCUCAGACGUCGGAAAGACACAACGUCCCGGAGAUUGAGGCCGCCAGCUCCCCAGAAGUUCUCCUUAACCCCCUGACGAUUUCUCGUAAUGAGAAUGAGAAAGUUCUUAUCGAACCUAGCGUGAACAGUGUUCGCGUUAGCAUCCGAAUAAAGCAAGCGGACGAGAUUGAGCAUAUCCUGGUACACAAGUUCACGAGGUUCUUGACGCAGCGCGCAGAGUCCUUUUUCAUUCUGCGACGGAAGCCAGUAAAGGGUUACGAUAUUUCCUUCCUUAUCACCAACUUCCAUACGGAAGCCAUGUUGAAACACAAACUGGUCGACUUUAUUAUCCAAUUCAUGGAAGAGGUGGACAAGGAAAUUUCAGAGAUGAAACUUUUCUUGAAUGCACGUGCUCGAUUUGUUGCGGAAUCCUUCUUGACACCAUUUGACUAAGUUCUGCCUUGUCUCACAUAUGUUUGGCUGCGGAUGUCCCUUGCUAUUGAACUCCCCUGCAAGCUGCAAGCUGUUUACGUUGUAAUAAGAUUUCGCAAUUUGCGACCUGGCAUAGCUUUCAUUUCCUCCUAGCUGAAUUUGCUUCCCUAAGCCUCAAUUCUGCUUGUCUCGCAGUUGUGUUGCACCUUCCAUCGUUUGCAAGGGCUACAUGAGCCUAGCGAUAGCAAAUGUACGCAGUGGAGUAUCAAUGGGGUGCUGUCUCUGCAUAGUUCUCUGCACUUGACACCCGAAUCUUUAACUUACACAUACAUAUUUGUCAUGAUAUUAGGCUAAGAAUAGGGCUAGGAAUGGACUUAAGUUCUACUUUGGCGCAA